AUGAGAACUCACGUGAAGUUGGUCUCUCGCGCAGAGCUCCAGGGCCGGGGCCGCUCCCGCUCGCACGGCCGCCAUGAAGCGAUUGUUCCAGUGGAGGUGCAGAUUUUGAAUGCCUUCACAGGUGAAUCAAGCUUCAGCAUCACAGCCCAGUCUUCAUGGUCCAUCUCCAAUCUGAGAAGUGAGAUCGCCCGGCUGCGCCAAGUCGUGCUCUCGUCUGGGUCAGAACUGCGGCUAUUGAUGGACACCAAAAUCUUGAAGGACAAUGAGCUUCUGAAGAAUCUGUGUGCAACUGGAGAACUGGAACUCAGGAUGCUUGAAGUCCCAGAAGACUUUUAUGUGAGAUACUUUGCCAAAAUGGUGGUUGGUGGUGGCCGUGAUCAGGAGUUUCAAGAGUUUGAAUUUUGCAGCAAUGGUCGCUUUCGCUUCGCCCGGAACUUUCUACAAGGAGGCUUCUUUGAAGGGAAACAACUCAGGAAGGAGUGCUUCUUGUCCCAGGCAAGUCUGAGAGUCUUGAAAGGUCUGGUGCUGAAAAGUGGCAUUCUACAGAUGGAUGAUUCUCAAUGGCCAGCCCCAACUAGAGAAAGUCGCCAGGAAAUUGAGAUCAAAUGCCAAGGGAUUCAUGUGGUCUUUGCCACCAAGCUUCACUGGAGCCUGCCUCAUAUUGAUGCUGGGCGGAAGUGUGCACAUGUGCGUGAGAUGUCAGAAUUUGAUGAGCUGGCAGAAGAAAUCAAAGGAUUUGGCAAGUCGAUCUUAAACUUUUUUGGUAUACCGCGAUCUUCCUGA